AGGAUGCGGGCCAGCCUGCCAGGAAGAAAUUCGGCAGAAUGAAUACCUGAAGGAGGAAAAUGACAGUUUAAGGUGUCAGAUGGAAGCUUAUAAAAAUGAGGUCGAUCUUAUCAAAGCAGAUCUGAAGACUGAAGUGGCAAUGAGAGAUGAUCAAAUUGAAGCAUUUAAGAAAACAUUACAAGGAAUGCAGCAGACACUUUCUGAAAAUGCCGUCCGCAAGCGUCAGGAUGAUGCUAAAAUGGCUGAACUGCAAGCAAAGUUGAAGAAACUGAGAGAACAGGCUGGGGGAAAUGGGGAAGGAGAGGAAGACUGCAAGGAUGAAACAGAGGACUUACUGUCUAUAUCAACAGCUCCCCUUACUGACAAGACAGCACAGCUUAUUGGUCUCACUUCAACUUUCCUACACAUACAUCCAAAGGGAGCAAGUGUUGAUUACAUUUGGUCGUUCAUCCAACAGUUUGACAAGGAAAUUCGUCCUUCAGAUAUUGAGGCAAUGCUGAAUCAGUACCCAACAGUAUAUAAGCAGAUUACUACAGGGGUUGGUGCCUGCUUGGAGCGCAAGUGGAUCUUCACAGGGUUUGAUUGUGGAACAUAAAGAUGCACACACAAGAAACCAGUAUGACCCAUCAUUUUUAACAGAGCCAUUUAAGUAUAAAAAUUAACACCUUUUGAUUAAUUCCAAACACAACUACAUACAUUUUAUGUUUGUUGCUCUGCAGUUCAUAUAUUAAGCUUACUGGGGGAGUUUGUCUAAUGAGUUUAUGAACAGUUUGUUGUUUUAUAGUUAAAUUAUUAAAGUUUACAAAAAUUUUGUUCUCCAAUUUACCAUGUUAGAGAUAUACCUUGAAAACAGUGAAGAUGUAGAGGUGUAGCAUCUUGAAGCACAGUCUAAGGCUUACUACUUAGUUUACAUAUCUAAGUCAUAAUUUAAUACAAAACAGAGAAAUAUAUUUAGGCAUGAAAUAUUCAUAGAUGAUAAAUAAUGUGUGAGAAACAGUAGAAGAAAUUCUCCCUUUUAUGUCAUUUAUUAAAUGUUGAGCACUGUGUACAAAAGAAAUACUACUAUAAAAUUCUUUCACAUAAUGCAAAGCAAUAUGUAACUUGCUACAAAAUUGAUGAAGAAUGAAAGCUGAUUGUCAGUAUUGUACAAUUCUUCCUUUAUUUUACUAAGGAAAAACUUUCUUGAUUCUAUUUUUCAAGUUUGGUAGAACAUCUCCAUUCCAACAUUCCAUAUUUCAUCAAUGCCCCUAAUUCAGCUGUGAGUCAGGUGAACAGAAACUUUCAACAGCACUCUUUUUACAGAUUAUGCUUUGGCAAAGAAAAGCAGCACACCCACUGAUGUUUAGCUAUUAAGAAAUCAGCUGUGGCUGCAGUCUGAAGAUAAAGGGAAACAGAAAUUUGUGGCAGGUUAUGUGAUUAAGAUAAAUUUAAAUAAAUUGCAGUUUAUGAAAGAUUGUCUCACUGCUGUCUCAUUAUUAUACAGAUAUUCAUUGAAGACAUUAAACUCAUAAAGGUUGAACAAGACUACAAAGCAGCAGCGAGAGAUGGAAAAGGUAGAGGUGUUGAGGGAAGGUCAUCAGCAGAAAGAUAAGGGAAGGAGAGGAUCAUAGUUGAUAUACUGGCCACUUUUUAUGCCUAUUGGUUGCUGGAAUAUUACUACAUAUUUUGAAUAAAUUUUGGUCUUAUUAACGUUUAUUAAAACACUUCAGUUAAGGGCAAGAAGGGCUUUCAGUUUGUGAAUGCUGAUACAGUAAUAGUUUAUAAUUAACUGAAAAUAUUUAUUUAUUUAUUUAUUUAAGAUUUGUUAUAUUGAGUGAGAAACAGCAGAUUGCAGUCUCCCUCAGUGUUAAAGAGGUACACCUUAAAAUAGUUUUAAUAAUGUGGUAAGUUAUUUCCAUUAUCUAAUAUGUAGUUCAAAGUUGGAGUUGGAGGAAAUGGAUUGUAAUUGCCAAAUAUUAAUAUUUUACAGGAGGAAAUUUGUAAAAUAGUGAUAUUUAAUAUUUAUGCAGUUGCUGAGGUAUUGACAUAAAUGUUUUAUUGAUAGCUGAUGCCACUUUAGUAUUUGUCAACAUGUUUGAUAUUUGUUGAAAACUUUCAUUUUGCAUUUUUUAAUGUCUCUUUUACAGUAUUACAUAAAUUCAGUAACCUUUUCAAGACAUCUGUUCCUUGAUCAGAAAAAAAUUAGGGAAAGAUUAACAGUGAGCAUAAUUGGAAAAAACUUCAUUUCUACUCUUAUAAUAAAAGCAAACUUUAGCUUCAUGAGCCUUUAUAAAAUCAAGAAAUGAAAAUUAUUUGGUAUUAAGAGUUAGCUUCCCAAAGUUUGUUAGAAUUCCCAGUAUUUUCAGAAAGUGUAUAGAGUAGCAGGAAAUUUUAACAGAUAUGCUAAUAUGUAGAUACAUUCACAUUCUUGUUAAAUAAUUUUCUAUAUGUAUAUAAUAAAAUUUGGGAUUUUAAAA